AUGGAAUCUAAUGAUUAUUUAUUGCAUAUUUGGACUGAAACUGUGGAGAACUUGUUCUUUGAUGAGAAAAGUAGUAACUAUUUUAACCAUUUGAAAAAAUUACGGUACAUUAGCGUUCAACUAAACAACAAAUACAAAUUUGAUGAAUAUAUUUGGAAUGUUGUGAUAGAUUCAAUUUCAUUAAUUGUAAAACGGUAUUCAAAUAAUCUAAAUGCAGAUAAUUUGCAAGGCAUCGAAAAUUCCCUAGAUAUUUUCAAUGUGUUUUUUGAUCUAAAGAAUGAAAUUCUAAUUUACUUCUCAAAGGAUAAAUCUAUUUUGGAUAAUUCAACCAAGAAAAUCGAAAAAAUCUUUUGCACUAAUUUAAAUUUAAAUAUUUCCAUGAUCUGGAACGUAAUUUUGUUAAAGAUUUUGAAUUAUGAUAAUAUAUGCUCCACACAUUCAUCGUUGUUGAACUAUACAAGGCUGAUAACAUAUAUAGAAUCCCUCAAGUCUUCCAAUCAAGAAGAUGUAGCAGUAGUAUCUGUUGAGGCUUUGGAACUCGCAAUCAACAAUAUUAUCAAUUCCAUGAUUGAAAACAACGAAAACUGUGAUAGCAGUUUUAUUAUAAAGAUACUUAAAAUACAGCAAAUACGAGAUAAAAUUUAUCACAUAUACCAAAUAGAUGGGGAUGGAAUACAACCCUAUUUAAUUAAAUAUUUAGAAAAUGAUCGAAAUGAGAAUGUAUCAUUAAUUAACCUAUUGAAAGAUUCAAAAUUGACAGAUGAAACGCUCUCUAUCUUAUACCGGUUUUACCAAAUUAGAAGAAAUAGUAAUCAAUUUUUGGCCGAUAUGCUUAAGUAUAGAUCAGUGGAAUUCGAAAAUAAUAACUGGAAUGAACUGUUGAAUAAAAUUGAUUUGUUCGAUACGUUUGAAACAAAAAUAUCAAGCAUGUACCAUGAAAAAUAUAACAAACAGUUCGAAAAAGACACUUCCUUGGAAGUUUAUAAGAAUAAAUUUAAUUUCAAACAUUCUCAAAUGAUAUCUGUAAUGAAUAAGAAUGAUACGGAAGAUCACCCAAACAUUGCAUCAAAAAUUAUCGAUCAGUACAGACAAGCAUUAAGAAAUAAUUUUAAAGCAUCAAUAGAGAAUGCACAGCUUUUUUAUGAGAGUCUAUUAGUAGUCCUCGACAGUUAUUAUGACACUACUUUAGAGAGUGGAUCAAAAUGUGGCUUCAGAAUAGAUUUUAUGAGUACAACGUAUGCUUUAUCGAUGUUAGUAUUAAAUUAUACCCCAGAUUUGGAAUUAUUUAUAAAAUGUUAUUACGCACCAAAAUUAUUAAAGAGAAUGAUCACUUAUCAAAAUAUUUGGAUUAGUGAAUAUAGUACACUCAAUAGUUUUGAUAGCAUACUAAUCGAUAUGUUACCAAAUAAGAUUGGCCGACCUCUUAUAAAUAUGAUAACUCAAUUUGUACAAACAUUUAAAAAGCCAGAGCCUUUGGAAGAUACUAAUUGUGAAUUUUAUGGAACAUAUCUUAAAGGAGCCGAAUAUUCGUUUUCUUUGCCAACCACAAAGCCAUUGUUUCCUGACUGCCAUCUCAAGAGUAAGUGGGAAAAAAUCUUAUCUGGACCAGAAGGUAUGAGUUCUGGUAAGUCAUUAGACCAAAGCAUACAUAUUAUAGAAAUGAGUAGCCCAUUUUUAGAUACUAUUGGAAACCCAGUAACUUUGCUGUUACCGAUAAAUUUGGCUUCAAUUCUUUUUUGCUUUAAUAAAGUGGACGUUCGUGAUAUUAGUGAUAUCAAGAGAUUGCUGAACGUUGAGAGAUCUGAGGAAAACCAGAUUGUUUUUGGUUUAAAGGCUUUAUUAAAACAGAAACUAUUACUCAAAAAAAAUUCCACUUUUAAGUUAAAUAUAGUUGAUAUUCCCGUCGAAUCUUUAGAUAAAGACGGAAUUUUGCGAAUUCUAUAA